GAGAAAGGGCGGCAGAAGCCGGCUCAGCCCCCGAGGCCGUGGCCAGAGGCUGCGGAGCCGGGAGCCCGCGUCGGGAGGAGGAGGCGGGGACCCUGCUGACACCCCUGGAAGGGGCCGCGGAGCGCCGGCGAAGGGGUGGAAACAGAAGCCUUGAAUGAUAAGUUGAGGUGCAAUCAUUAGCAGAGCACAUUGCAAACUGAGCUUCGCUGGGAAACACACCUGGAAGAACGCAGGGCCUCACACCAGCCAGCAGCUUCUCACCACCUGCCAACAGGAGGGAGCUCGCCCCGCUUCCCCGCCAGCCUCUGAUCCGCCUGCACCUCCUCCAAGACUGAUAGAUCUUCUUGGCAAAGCUGCCCCCAAAGAUUCCUGCUAACACUUGUCUGUUCCUGCCUCUUGCGAAGCAUGGCACCCACAGGACUCUGGGAAGAAUCUUAAACCUGAGCCUCCGCAGCUGCUCCAGAGGGCGCUCCGUGUGGCUCAUUUACCGUCCCACUCGGCUCCAGGAGCUGCUCUUAUCCUAGCGAUGCCCUCGGGAGCCUUAGCCCCAGCUGGGUGAGACCAUUCCAGAGCGGGACACAACCUUGCCACCGCCGAGACUCCCACACCGCCCCCACCACCUCCCAUGCCUGGCUGCCCCGGCAGACUCUAGAAUGUCCGUGCCCCAGAUCCAAGUAGAAGAAGUGGUGGGUGAGGAAGAUGGGCUGGCAGGAGCAGCCCCACCCCCCGAUGACCACCUCCGGAGCCUGAAGGCCCUCACCGAGAAACUGAGGCUGGAGACCCGCAGGCCAUCCUACCUGGAAUGGCAGGCCAGGCUGGAGGAGCAGACAUGGCCCUUCCCGAGGCCGGCUGCUGAGCAGGGAGAGCGUGAGGAGGAAGAGCCCAGGCAGCAUCCCCCACCUAACAGGAGGACCAGCAGGGACCCUGGCCCUGGGGCCACUGGCAAGCUGGAGGGCUUCGAGAGCGUUGAUGAAGCCAUAGCCUGGCUCAGGAAGGAACUGACGGAGAUGCGGCUGCAGGACCAGCAGCUGGCCAGACAGCUCAUGCGCCUGCGCAGUGACAUCAACAAGCUGAAGAUCGAGCAGACGUGCGACCUCCACAGGAGGAUGCUCAAUGACGCCACCUACGAGCUGGAGGAGCGGGACGAGCUAUCUGACCUCUUCUGCGACUCCCCACUUGCCUCCUCCUUCAGUCUCUCCACGCCGCUCAAGCUCAUUGGAGUCACCAAGAUGAACAUCAACUCCCGGAGGUUCUCUCUCUGCUGAGAAGCCCUAGAAGGGGCAGAGGAGCCAGAACAGAGGGUUUGGGAGGUGGGGAGGGGGCAUGGGAAGGGUGUUGAGGCCGAGUUAUCCCAAGUGGGUCUCCCCAGAGGCAGGGCUUCCCUGCAACUGUGAACCGUGGGCCCCCAGGACCCGUCAGCAGGUGCUCUCUCAGGGGCCCCAGCUGUGGAGCUCGAUGCCCCCAUGACUGGCUCUUGCUUAAUCCCCAAAGUGUUCUGCAGAAGGGCCACUCCACCCAGAUGUUCGGUGAGGCCUGUGUUCCCAGCACAACACGUCGGUCCUCCCCUCAGUGAUCCACAUUCCUGUUUCCCGGAGACACUGGUGCUAUGAACUGGGAUCCCACGGGGCCCCCCCAAAAGCUGUGAUUUUUGCAGAAGGCUUCCUUAAGGGCACUGAGCCCCCAGGAAGAGGUGAUUAGAUAUGUCUGACAGGGACCCACCAGAAAAGGAAUAACAAAGUGCAGCUUAGGGACACAGGCCCCACAGCUGGCAGGCAGUGCCCCGCUGAGUGGGAGGUCCGGGCUGCCAUCAGUCUUUACCUUGGCACUCCAGGUGCUGUGUAAAUGGUUUCUAGCGUGUGCCAGGACACACCAGUGUAGCGUGGGUGGAGCAAGCACAGAUGCGCUCUGUUGCCUGCCCUGGCCACAUGCACCAGUCCAGUCUCCAAAGAGCCCCUCUGCCGCCACCCCAAAACCCCGGGGAGUGCCUAGGAGACCAUGGGCGACUGAACGAGGCAGGUCGUCAGUGAGUUUCCCAUGACAGGAUGCCCCCAGGGGGCCAGCAGAGGCCUCCUGGUGGACUCCAACUGUGUCACCUACAUCAACUUCUUGCCCUCCCCAGAAAGACUCCAGGGAGCCAAGAUGCUGGCCCUGAGCCUCCUCUGAGAUUCUGUGCCUGACUUCACAGACUAAUUUUAACUGAGUCAGACUGUUACUAACCUGUUGCUAACUUGUUAAUAACUUUGAUUUUUGUCCAAAUGGUGAACCAGUUGGGUAGGUCAAGUACAAAGGUUCAGGAUUUGGUUUUAAAAGUUUCUUCCUAAUGACAAGUGUGACAUCAGCAAGGUGAGGACUGAGGCCUCCACAGCUUAGGGAAGUUAAACUGGUAGAAGGCUAUGUGGAAGAGGAUCCCCCGCCAGCUGGGGAGUUUGACCUUUGACGUCAUCUAGUCAAGCCUCCCAUUCAUAAAGGAGUAAAGUGAAGCCAGGGAAGGAGAAUGACUUCCCUCAGGUUACACAGCUCUUUAGUAGCUGUAGAAGAUUGAUGUGUGGAAUCAUUACUAAUAAUGCCUAGACAGAUCAUGUAUCAGUGAACUUGAACCUCAAAGAUGGUCCUACUCUUUUGCCAAAUCCACAAACUGCCAACCCCUCUUCUCUCCACUUUAUUCAGCCCUUGUGCACACCUCCCACUUUGCAAUUCAGAAUAUUGGGGCCAAACUCAGAGCAAUGCCUGGCCGGCGGGCCCACAGCAUGUGUAUUGCCAAUCACAAGCCUGUGGGGCAAGGAAGGCAUCCUGCUGCUCUGCCUUUCAUGGUUCAUCUUCCUGUGUAACCUCAGUGGGACCCACGCACACUCACAUUCACACCAUGACCCACCUUGGGAAACGUUGCUUUUCUUUUGUGGGCCGGAAGUGGGAGGAUGCAAAUGAAUGGUCCCUCGUCAGACAGAAAAGAACUGGUCUCUCCCUUGUGAUUUCAAAGAGCCAGGGAUUUAUGCUUCCUUCAAAGGAAGUAUAACCACAUAGCCAAGAUUUGUUUUCAGCCCGACUCUGACCAGUGACAGAAGUCUGAGGCCCACAGGACUCUUCCACAGAGAAGAGCUCCAUGGAAGGCCAGGCCCCUCAGGCCUCUUCCCCCUCAGGCAGGAGAGGAGGGAGCUUUUCUCUACCCGGUGACAUCCCUCCUCAGGGAUUAGGUACAGCGCCGCCAAGUCCUGCUGAGGCUCCUUCCAGACGUGUCAUCGAGGCUGUGGGAUAUCAGGCUGCCCUACUACGCACGCUCACCACUCACUCUAUAGAGACACAUGCGUACACAUACUCAAACCCUCACAGGAAAGCUCACUCCAUAUUCUGACAGAGAUGCCAAACUGAUUUUUUUCUUUUCUAGAAAUUAUUACAGUAACUGAAAAAGUUGGAUUCACCUAAAGCUGAAUGAUUUAGUUGAAUUUCGUCAACCCAAUUGAAUUGGAGUCAACUGGGCGAUUUAGUUGUUCAGUUAACCUAAUGCUUCCUUCCUUUCUCUGUGUUCUGAAAGGAAAGUGAGGUCAAGACACACCUUUUUGGGCAGGUUAGAUGUCUCAGCUAUUUUGCUUAGUCCAUCCUAAGAGAAUUUUAUUUGGGGAUAAGGAAGGAGGAGAAAGAGGAGGGGAUCCAAGAAGAGCAUAGGAGGGGAGAGAGAGCUGUGUUUUCUUACUCGUCGUCUAGUGUCUGUUAGCUCCCUUGUCUCCACAGUGAACACAAACAACUAACCAAGUCGAUUCAGCUUUGUGAAGUCCCUGCUUUGUGUGGGUCAAGAGAUGUCUGUGAGUUGGCUGCAACCUAACCCUCCUUGCCAGCUCCCCAGGGCAACCUUCUGGCUUACCACAUGUAUACAAUACUGUUUCCAGUUUUACUCAUUAUCUACCCCUCUCUCUGCCAUCCCCAAGGUCCCCUGGGUGUAAAGCGUGAAGUCUCCAUUGACACUGCUGCCGCGUAAUGUCUGAUGCCUUCGUGGGCUCGGCAGUGAUCACAGAGGCCCGGAGAGCUGGGCAGGCUUCACACGGCCUGACCAACCCCUCGCCUCCUCCCUGUAGCAAUACCAAGUGCUAUUACAUAAUCGAUAAACAGUUUAUAAUUUUAUUUUUUAUGAUUAUUUGUUUCUAUAUUGCUGUUAGAAAAAGUGAAAUAAAAA